UCCAUUUAUUCAUCCCAGAAGCGAAUACUUUGACAAACACAAAACUUCCGAGGUUUAUUCUUCAAUAAGAAGAAGAAAUCUUUCAAACGUCUUCCUUAUUCGGAAGAAUUCCGCCUUUAAGGAGAGAGAAUCUUUCUAGAUUAUCCUGCUUUACCUGGAAGAAAUAUUCGUAAAUCCUUCGAGACGCCGUGCCGUAUGAAUCAUCGAAUCUACAGUUCGUAAAAAUGUCCGCGAAGAAGACGAGAAGGCCGUCGUCGCCGCGACGUUUCUUCGCGCGGCUUUACGGCCAUUUGGAGGCGACGAAGAAAACGGAGGAUGACGAGGACGAGGAUCACGCGAGAGAGAGUUCGGAUUCCUCGCCGGAGAUCACGGAGAGAGCAUCACACGCGCUUUCCGAUUCACCUGAAUCACACAAAAUGUUGCCUGUGUCACACGCCAAGGACCUCGAAAAAGUGCCAAGCGACGUCGCGAAUAGUAAAAUAUUCGAGAGCAAGGAAACGAAGAAGGACUCGGUGCUCACGGGGGUGAGGCUGCCUUUCCUGCACGGAUUUCUUCCGCGGGGACCCGGUCAGACUUUUCAUCUAACGCAGCUCGCGCAUCCGCCCACGCUGCCGCCGCAUCUUCACGUUCUGCCGAAUCAUCAGUCUAUCGCCGAGCACCACUUUCAAGGAUUCUCAGCCUUCCUGGCGCGCAGAAGAAGGAAAGAAGGCCGACCGCGAAGACAAAGGACGACGUUCAGCGGCGAACAGACACUGAGGUUGGAAGUCGAGUAUCGGCGGGGAGAAUACAUCUCGAGGGGACGCAGAUUCGAGCUCGCAACUUCCUUGAGACUUACCGAGACGCAAAUCAAAAUCUGGUUCCAGAACAGGCGCGCCAAGGACAAAAGAAUCGAAAAGGCGCAGCUAGACCAGCAGUACCGAAACUUUGCGGUGUCGAACGGCCUGGUGAACCUGCCGCUUUACAACGCGACUGGAUUCUGCGGCCUCUGUCUGUACAAAGAUACCUACGGCUCGGUGACCAACCACUCCUGCAUCUCCGGCAAUCCCGUUGUCGUCGAUUCGUCUUCGAAGAAUCAACCGCGUUACAGCAGCAGUGGCAGCGAGACGUCCGAUAAUCCGCCGAACCUCGUGUCCACGACUUAAUUAAAUCCAACGCGCAAUCACCACGUUCAUUUAAGACACACAGACAGUCUGACAAUAAGUUUAUUUCUUUCUUUUUUUCUAUGUUAUGCGAUAUAGAGGCAGUUCCAACAAUCAGUUUUCGGCGUGCACGAAAUGAUGAGGCAUUAUAAAUAUCUUUCCUGGCAGUAUAGUGAUAACUAUAAAAGAAACGAUAUCUGUUGAUAUUAAAACACAUUUUCUUGUAUUAUUUUUUGUUUUAAUUUCGUGACUUUUCAGUACUUUUUAGGCAAUGUGUAUAGUCGUGAUUCAUCAAUUUAGUUUUGCACAAGUUUUUUUCAACCUUCAUUCAUUAGGCCUGUUCGUUUUAGCUUCGUUCGUUAUCAGUAGCCAGAAUAACACUUUUAAUAUUUCCGUUAUAUCGCUACUGCAAGAAUCUCAUUAUUUAAAGAUACCCAGAUAUCUGUAAAUGAUGAGAGAUCUUAAAUGAAAUAUUUAAUAUCUUAUACAGAUCAAUAAUCAUAAAAUUAGUAAACAUUUUGAAUAAAGUAAAAAUAAUUAUCUUCGAAACUACAUUUUCGUUAAAAAGGCAGAACUUAAAUUUGUACAUUGUACUAUUUAAAAGAUUAUUUCAGUAUCGAAACAAUAUUAAGAUGGCGAUAUCGCAAAAGAAUACGGCAAUGCCUCAUACAAAUCUUACCAGCACUCGCUAAAAUUGGAAAGUGUCACAGCUCGAACAAAAAAAUGCACGUUGGUUUAGUAUGGAUCAACCUAUAAUGAAACGCAUUUCCACUGCGUUAUUGCUAAUAAGUAACACGGAAAAAUUUUCGAAAGUUUUGAGAAAAUCUUAUCUUAGAUACCUUUUUUACUUCGGAUGUUAAUUAACUUCCGCACAUAAAAAAACAAGAGUAAAACGGAUUUCCGAUCAAGAUUUGCUUCGCUUGGAAUCAUACCUUUCAGGUCUAAAAUUUUUAAUUAACAAAACUGAAUCAUUGAAGUAGUAAAAUUAUUAGUUUAUCAACUUACCUUCUAUUUUUCUUGUUUUCUUUUAUUUAGCACGCUGAGAGUAAAAUCGAUUUGAAAACGAUAAGAACAAAGAAAAAUGUUAACAACAAUUAUCAUCGAAAAGUCAAUCCGAUCACAAUUAAUCGUAAUGGUAACGUAACAUAUAGAGUUGCAAUUAAUUAUAUAAAUAUAAUAAGAUUUGAACAUGUUUUAUCUGUAAUUAGUAAUUAAUGCUUAAUCGAUAACGAGAAUACACGAAAUUGCAAAAAGAUAUAUAUAUGUAUAGUUUUAUUAUUUAUUUAUGUUUCGCAAACAGUUCAUAUAAUUAGUGCAAUGCGUUAUAAAUAAAUUCAAGUAACUUUUAACAGUCGAUGCAUAAGUACAAUUUGCAAUUGCAUGUAUUUCACGAGUUUAGGGGAGAAUGAAAAGACAGCUCUGUAGACUAAAAAAAACAAAAGUUUAUUAUAUACGUAAAAAUAGCGUUACAAUCUAAAAUACAUACAAUAUUCCUAUUAUGUCCUAAACAAAUCCCAGGUGUUUUAAUUUAGGAUCUCUACGGGUUCGUUUCAGAAACUUUCAAUUCCUAAAAUCUU